AUGUCGUCGACAAUGAAAGCCGUCAACUACAAUGGCCCAUUCAAGGUCAAGGUUCAAGAUGUUGAUAUGCCCCGAAUAGAGCACCCGGACGAUAUCAUUCUCAAGGUGACAACUGCCGCAAUUUGUGGUUCAGACUUACACAUGUAUGAAGGCAGAACCGCCGCAGAGCAGGGCAUCACCUUCGGCCAUGAAAACAUGGGAAUCGUGGAACAAAUCGGCGAGGGAGUGACGCUACUGAAAAGGGGUGACCGAGUCGUCAUUCCAUUCAAUGUCGCCGACGGCCGUUGCCGCAACUGUGAAGAGGGAAGAACCGCAUUUUGCACUGGAGUAAACCCCGGAUUUGCGGGUGGAGCCUACGGAUAUGUUGCUAUGGGUCCAUAUCGUGGAGGUCAAGCGCAGUAUCUUCGUGUUCCAUAUGCAGACUUCAACGCCCUUCAGCUGCCCCCUGGAAAAGAGCACGAAUCCGACUUCAUUCUACUUGCCGAUAUUUUUCCAACAGGAUGGCAUGGUGUCGAACUUUCCGGCUUCACCCCCGGAGAGAGUAUUGCCGUGUUUGGCGCCGGGCCAGUGGGUUUGAUGGCGGCGUAUUCUGCCGUUCUUCGGGGAGCCUCCCGUGUAUUUGUUGUAGAUCGCGUUCCCGAGCGACUGCAGGCAGCCGAGAAAAUCGGUUGCAUUCCUGUUGAUUUUACCAAAGGUGAUGCUGUUGACCAAAUUAUCAGUCUUAACGACGGCAUGGUAGACCGAUCUGUAGAUGCUGUUGGUUAUCAAGCAAUGGAUAGCGGCGGCUCUUCCGAACAGCCAAAUGUUGUUCUUGAGAACAUGAUUCGGGUCACACGGGCAUGUGGUGGAUUAGGUAUUCCAGGGCUCUAUGUUCCUAGCGAUCCGGGCGCCCCCGACAGUGCUGCAGCAAAAGGAAUGAUUAGUUUGAGUUUCGGAAAGCUCUUUGAGAAGGGCUUGAAACUGGCAACUGGCCAGUGUAACGUUAAAGCGUACAAUCGUUACUUGAGAGACUUGAUUGUUGCUGGGAAAGCAAAACCUAGUUUCGUGGUUUCGCAUGAGAUCACUUUGGACGACGUUGAGACUGCAUAUGAUAAGUUUGACAAGCGUGUUGAAGGUUACACAAAGGUUCUCAUACACCCAAAUGGGGAAGUAUAA